AUGGAACAGCGCUUUGUGGACCCGGAUCGCGUGUCCCCAGUGACUGAUCCGCCCCGUUCCAGUCUGUCCUCAGGAGGAGGGCGGCCCCCCGUCCGCCUGCCACCCUCAGAGCCCACUCCAGCUCACCCCCCUUCUGGCAAGUCAGCCUCAGCCUUUCCCCUGGAGGAUCAGGUGUACCUGGGGGCCGGGGCCCUCUUCGGACGACUCAGGACGGACCGGCCCGUCACACAACAACUACUGCAUUACGGGAAAAAAGAGACGACACCGAUACCCGAGGGCCACGACAAGACCAGACUGAGACAGGCCUACCAGCUGGCCUUCAACACGCUCAAAUACCAAGACCUACUGGAGAACGUCAUCCUCGACAGCUGCUUCCACACGAGUCAACAGAUUCCCGAUGACUUGUUGCCAUUGGCGAUGGUGAUGCUCUUCGACCUCCAGGACAGGAAGUUUGAACUCCUUAAACGUCGUGCAGAGGAAGGGGAGGAGCCUCUGCAAGAUGUCAGGGAACUUGAAAGCUGCUUCCGCAGGUCCAAGACUAAGCUCGCGGCCUCCCUGGCCCGCUGCAGGGUGAAGCAAAACCUGGUGAGUGUGUCCUGUGUUCUGCCUGAUCCAGUCAGAACCAAUCAGAAGAGGGCCAAGCUGCUGCCCUUCUACGCCUGGGUCAACCCACUAACGAGCAGCGUGGAGGAGGUGUGUGGUGAGCUCCAGGCAGACCUGGGACUGCAUGAGGUGGAGAGGAUGCAGGAUAGCCAGGGUGGCCUGCAGUUCUGCAGGGACCCUCUGUGUGAAGACACUCUGUGCUUCCCCCCGCAGCUGCACACCCUGAUAGAGCAGAGCCCCCUCGUCGCCGGCCAUACGCUCAACGCGCAGCACAGAGGCGUGUGCCUCGCAGUGAGCGCGCUGCGUCCUCACCUCCCUGACCACGCUGACGUCCUGGUCGCGGGGUCCUUCUCCGCCUGCACCCUGGCUCAGGUAGCCGUCCACGCCGCUGCCCGAUCGGGGAAAGUGCUCGUGUGCGGGGACGACCACACGCCCUCUCAGAGGGACGAGCUGCAGGAGCUGCUCACACGGAUGCACAUCAACAACGUGCGUGUCCUGCCGGUGGCCUUCCAGAGCCUGGACGAGUGGGACAGCGCCGCCCAGCGCCUGAGGCUCAUGCUGCUGCUGCCCCAGAGCUCCUGCUCCGCCCUCAGCGACCCCGUCCACACCCUGAUCACAGAGCACGGAGACGUUGACGUGCUUCAGGACCUGUCCCAGGGCCCAGUGUCUCAGAGCAGACUGGACUCCCUGGUCCACCACCAGGAGAAGCUACUGGCACACGCCCUCACAUUCCCCAGGGUUCAGUCGGUGCUCUACUGCACGCGCUCAGUGUACCCGCAGGAGAACGAACACCUGGUGAUACGAGCCUUAAACAAAGCAGACACACCUCCAAAACUGGUGCCCUUUAGGCCGGCUCCACCCCUCCUGCCUCAACCCCCUGGGUCAGAGACAACAGACAGCCGGUUCUUCAAAAUUGAGCCCUCCGGACACAGUGAUGGCUGCUUCAUAGCCAGGCUGACCAGAGAGUCGGACGCCACCAAGGUGGAGAAGGUCCAGGACGUGCUGGCGAGGGCGGCCGCCAAGGGCCUGCUGGGGGCCAUGUUCGGGGACCAAUCGCAGCCCAGCCGCAAGGGGAGACGCAGGAAGAGCAGCGUGCUGGCAGCCAAUCAGAAGUCCUGCCCUCCACUCCCUGCACUGACAGAGGACGAGCCUGUCGCCGGGCAGACUACAGACCUAGACCCGGACCCCGGAGAGCACCAAGACCCUGUGGGCGGGCUCAGGACCACCGAUACCCCGUCGAUGACUGAAGAGGGGGAUGAGGAAGAGGACGGGGCCGCUGAUGAAAAGGAGGAAGACGUGGAGGAGGGAAACGACGGGAGCCCAGGUGAGGGAACAGACACGGGGAAAGGGGUGAGGAAGGGUAAGGGCAGGGCCAGACGGCGGACUAAAAGGUCCCACGGGGCGGCAAAGCUCUCCGCGGUCCAGCCUAACCGCACCGGCAGAAAGACCCUUAAGACGAAGGUCAAACCCAAACGUCGACAAGGUCCGGGGCGCACCUUUGAGUCGACUUCAGAGCCACCAACGAGGUCCGCCGUACCCCGUCCUACCACCUCUACGGGCCAGGGUAGCACCCCCGUCACCCCUGCGACCUACGUCCUCCAAUUAGGCCCCGGGAAGGAACAGCAAGGGCAGAAAGCACACGCUAGAAAACCCAUGAAGAAAGCUGGCACACCGGGAAGGGUUUCGUCAGCGAGGGGAGCGGGCUCAGCCAAUGAGGUGUCAGUGCAGGAUCCGGCGCACCCUUCGGAUCCCGUCCAUCCCCUCGUGUCCUCGUUCAGUAGGAGUUCUCUGAGCAACAGUGCUUCCUCCCGGUCCACGGCGCCGUCAUCCUCCUCAUCGAUGUCCUCCGUCCCGACCAGCACCACCCAAACACGCUCGCCCUUCUGA